AUGGUUUUACUUGCUGCAUCAAUAUGUACGAAAGCUGGCAAACCACUUGUCUCACGACAAUUUGUGGAAAUGACACGAUCACGUAUAGAAGGUUUACUUGCUGCAUUUCCGAAAUUAAUCGGUGCUGGUAAACAACAUACAUUUGUCGAAACAGAGUCAGUUCGUUAUGUUUAUCAACCAUUUGAUAAACUUUAUAUGGUUUUAUUAACAACAAAAACAAGCAAUAUCCUUGAAGAUCUUGAAACAUUAAGAUUAUUUUCUCGUGUGAUUCCUGAAUAUUGUAAAUCAGUUGAUGAAAAAGAAGUAUUUCAACAUGCUUUUGAAUUAUUAUCUGCAUUUGAUGAAGUUGUUGCAUUGGGUUAUAAAGAAAAUGUUAAUUUAGCACAAAUUCGAACUUUUACAGAAAUGGAUUCACAUGAUGAACGUGUUCAUGAUGCAAUGAGACAGACUCAAGAACGUGAAGCGAAAGAUCGAAUGAAACAAAAAGCAAAAGAAUUCGAAAUGCAACGACGUGCACAACAACGUAUGGGUGGACCAAAAACAUACGGUAGUUCAAGUGGUAUAUCAUCAAAUAUGUAUAGUAGUUCAUCAAAUGAUACUAAACCUGACAUAACACCAACACCAGUUACAUAUUCAAGCAAUAAUUCGCCAUCUAUUACUCGUCCAAUUACAUCUGGUAAAGGAGGAAUGGUUUUAAGUAAAAAAGGAAAAAAUGUUGAUGCAUUUGUUGAUCAACUUAAAUCGGAAGGAGAAGUUGUGGCAAAUACUGUACCAGUAACAACAGGUGCUGGAGGUUCAACUGGAAAGACAAAAACACCGAGUGUAUCAUUACCAGAAACACAAAAAGAAGAUGUUCAUUUAAAACAAGAAGAAAAAUUAAUUGUUCGUUGUGGUCGUACUGGUGGUGUAGAAGCUUUAGAAGUACAUGGUAUGAUAAUGUUACGUGUUAAAUCUAUAGAAAAUGGUCGUAUUGCUGUUACCGUUAACAAUAAAGAAUCAAGGAAUAUUCAAUUACAAACACAUCCAAAUAUUGACAAGAAAUUAUUUACAAGUGAAUCAUUAAUUGGUUUAAAAAAUUCGGAACAACCAUUUCCAGCUAAUCAAGAAGUUGGUGUACUUAAAUGGCGUUAUACAUCAACUGAUGUGAAUGAAAUUCCAUUGACAAUUAAUUGUUGGCCAAAUGAAACACCAAAUGGUGGUUGUGAGGUUAAUAUUGAAUAUGAAUUACAAAAUACAGAUAUGAUUCUAAAAGAUGUUCAAAUAAGUAUACCAUUACCGGGUGGUGGACAAACGCCAGUUAUUGGUAAAAUUGAUGGUGAUUAUCAAUUUGAUAGUCGAAAGACAACAUUAAUUUGGUCAUUACCUGUUAUUGAUCAAUCAAAUUCUGAUGGUUCAAUUGAAUUUUCAGUACGUGGAAAAGCCGGAGAUUUCUUUCCAAUUCAAGUUGAUUUUAAUUCUGAAACACCAUUUUGUGAUAUUAAAAUCACGGGUGUUCGUUCUGUUGUUAAUCGUGCACCAGUAUCAUAUUCCAAUGAGACAAAUCUCAUUGUGGAUAAAUAUGAAUAUGUUUGA